AUGAAUCCCAUCAAGUCUAAGAGCAAGAAAUAUGGACAGAGGGAGCUUCAAAGAGAAGGUCACCGUGUUGUCGUAUUUGGAAAGGCCGAUAAAGUUGGUGAUAUGUGGCUCUAUAAUACACAGGUCAUGGGAUUCUUGGACUAUCCAUUUAUGAAGAAAGAAGGUGAUGAUCUAAUACAUUUUCCAGGUCACGAGGAGGUUCACAAGUUUAUCGAGGAUUUUUCAUGGGACUUUGGGUUGAUGGAGCUGAUUCGAUUUAAACAUGAAGUGGUUUCUCAUUGUGUUUCGCAUUUAUAUAUGCUCUCCAUUAGCUCAUGCUUGAGGAAGAAAGAACAUUCCCAUAGAUAUACCAAGGAGUCAAUAGUGGUGCUCAUCGGAAACGGACCAAGUGCCACCGACAUUCUAAGAGAGAUCACCCCACUUGCAAAACAAGUUCACCAGGCUAUUAGAGGACCUAAUUUCCGGUUGAUAAAGCUGGAAAAACAUGAUGAAGCUUGGCAACAUUCAAUGAUUGAAUGCGCACAUGAAGAUGGUAAAGUUGUAUUCCAAGAUGGAUCAAUUAUUGAUGUAGAUGUAAUUAUUAAUUGCCCUGGGUACAAAUAUUAUUUCCCAUUCCUUAAGUCAAAUGGUAUAGUUACUGUAAACGAUGAUCAUGUUGGACCAUUGUAUAAACAUGUAUUUUCACCUAGUUUAACCCUUGGCUUUCUUUUGUAG